AAAAGAAAGAAAUAAAGGAAAGCAUUUUGGUUCCCCAUCGGACGGAUCGGAGUUGGCGAGCGGCGGAGGAACCCUAGCCUACAUCAGAGAAGAACAGGCGACUACCGAUGGCGGCGCUUCGAGUCGCGGCGAGGAGGCUCGUCGGCGGCGGCCUGACGCCGGCGCUGCCUGUGGACAAGGCGCAGCCCCGGCUCUUCCCGAGGCUCUCCCAGGUCGGCCGGGCUAGGUCCACCACAUCCUCCGCUGCUGCUGCCGCAGACACCAAUCUGGCGGCGGCCAAGGGCUGUGAAGAUCCGGAGAAACUCCUGACAGAGAUCCAUAACAUGAGAGAGGAGCUGUACGAUAAGGUUUCACAUGUGGAAAGGACCUACGAUAUCCCUGGCAGGGCAGGCAAAAAUAUCAGCCGGCUGCGCGACGAGCUCGCCACGCAAGUGGAUCCUAGACCCGGGGACACCACAUGGCGUGAGUUGCGAGUGCUAACUGUAUUUGGGCGUUACUGCGGAUAUGCGGCUGGUAUGUUUACCUCGUAUGUGCUCGCGCGCAUGGCCACUGGUUGGAUCGUUGAAUUGGAGCCAGAUGAAAAGCAGUGGAUCAAGAAGAAAAGAGAAGAGGCACGCAAGCGGAGUGAAGCAAAGUGAUUGAGAGCCAUGUUUACCCAUCACCCAUGCCCAUACCCGUCAAGGGUACAAUUUUUUCCCAUACCCGUCACCUGCCAGGGUAUAUGGAUACCCGCGGGUACAAAUAACCGCGUUUACAACACAUCAAUUGAGUAGAAAAUAGUUGUAAAAAGCAACAUAUAAUCAUAAAUUAUUAAUAGCAACACAUUUUAAACAGCAAUGUACAACAACAUAUUCUCAUAAACAAAAAUACUUGCCUAUAAAGUGACAUAUAAAAAUGUUAAACAACAACACAUAAUCAUAAAUAACAACACAUAUGCAUACACUUUCAGUUCACGAACUCAUGAUAAAUUAUAGAGAUAAUUUGAAUACACAUUAGAGUUUUUACCUAGCGUGAUUAGGAGGGGAAAUGAAUACAUUGGAAUAUUAACGGAAACCCACCUGUCAACAUUUUAGAUGGGUACAUGGGUUAUACGAUCCCAUACCUGUACCCUCUCUACCCGAUGGGUAUGAUAUUUUUCAUUUAAGUAUCCAUGGGUAAUUUUUUGUCCCAUACCCUUACCCUAAUAGGGUACGCGGAUAAUGGGUACCCAUUGCCAUCCCUACUUAUGGUAUGCCUAUUUUGGUGUCUCCCUGUUUUAUGUUUGUUAAGAAUUUGAAAUAAGCAGUUCACAGCUGCUGCUGCUGCUGCUGCUGCUUAAGGCUGACAUGUAAAAAAGGUUAAGCUGUAGAAGAAAAAAUCUUGUGGGGAGCAUGACGCAGUGCAGCUUGCACAACAUUGGGAUGGAAAACUAGUACAGUAAGUACUCAUUUGUCGCUCAAAUGGACGUAUCUAGAGUCCAUUUGAGCGACAAGUAAUUUGUAAUUCUGGAUGAAGGGAGUAGUAUUUUUGCAUCACCAUAAGCACCCCCAAAAGAAAUUACAAUAGUGGGGCUAAACAUUAGCUUGGGCAUAUGGUGAGGUAGUAACAAGCGAUUGUUUAAGGCAAAUUGUUCUUCUCUCCCCUUCCUGUCGUUUCUGACAUGGUGCACAGGGAGGAAAUAUGUUUCGCUUCAUCCAGCGCUGGCGGCGAGGCCUUGGGCUUUCUCUCCCUCUGUCUGCCACUCAGUGGCGGGAGGGUUGGGGAGCCCCGGUGUUUCGGCGGCGGCUUGUAGAUAGGUUAGCACCCGGUUUUCAUGGCGUAGCGGCUUUAAUGGCGGUAAUGGCGUCACACCGGUGAAUAAAGGUGUCACGACUUUCCCCAUCUUGAUGGUGCUGUCUGUGGUGGUGUCUAAGAGUCGGUGGCAUGUGUUCCUCAUUGGCCGCUCGGAUCGAUGAGGCUAGUUCUCUUUGGCGGUUACCGUCUUCUUUGAUGGUUGCUGCAAUUGGUUAAGUGGGAGAACAGAUGGCUCGGUGGUGGGUUAGCGCUUAAUGGUUGGCGGCCCUAGUUUUUUUCUCUGAUUUUGUUAGAUGAAGACGGCGAUGUUGACAUCCAGCGGGAGACACGGGGAACUUCCCCGGUCAACGUAUCACAUUGGAGAUGGUUUUGUCGCUCGCGGCGGACAAUCAUCAGCUCACAAAGCGGAUUCUGUCGCGAUGGUGCUCCUCGGGACCAUGGUGUGAAGGUUCUUCAUAUCCUUCCAAUCCGGUGGUGCUUAAGCAACGGUAGUGGUUGGUGACGAUUGAUGGAUGUAAGUUGCAAAAGUGACCCCCUAGGGCUUGUUUGCAUUUUAAAUUUUAGCGGGGUAUUUCUUGCAGUUAUACCGAGGCUAGGAAACAUGCCCGUGCGUUGCA